AUGACUGACGUAGAGGAAGAAAGCCACACUGGAUCUUCCAACAAGCGAUCUUACUCCCAGCUUGAAGACGCCCAAGGGACUGGUGGUUAUUCCUCCUCAUCCGAAGAUGACUUUGGACCUGCUCUACCUUCUUCCGCUGCACCCAAAAAGAAACGACGAAAGCUGCCAUACGAAAAAGUCUACCUAAAUGCUCUCCCCCUUUCUUCGCGAUAUUCAAAAUCUCUUAUGCACAAGGACCAGCUUUCUUUCGUUACCCUAACCCCGCACACUGAUUUUCUCAUUACUAGUUCGGUUGAUGGUGUGGUCAAAUUUUGGAAAAAGAUGCCCGUUGGGGUGGAGUUUAUUAAGGAAUUCCGUGCCCAUGUUGGGGGGCUCACUGGGGUGAGCGUUAGCCCUGAUGGGAGGAGCUUCGCUACGGUUGGCGUGGAUAAAACGGUUAAGAUAUUUGAUGUGAUUACGUUUGAUCUGCUGGCAAUUCUAACUUUGGACUAUGGUCCGGGGUGUGUAUGUUGGGUACAUCGACGAGGGGCAUCGUUACCGCUGCUAGCAGUGAGUAGUGAUUCCAGUGGUUCCAUAAUGAUUUUCGAUGGGCGUGGAGAAAACCCACAUCCCCUCCACACCUUGACAUCCAUCCAUCGAUUCCCGGUGGUUACUAUGGCCUUCAACGAUCCAUACAACUGUGUGGUUUCGGCCGAUGAAGCAGGGAUGGUCGAAUACUGGCGGCCAGAUGCCACUUUCGAAAAACCAGACAACGUUUUCGAACUAAAAUCUUCCACCAACCUGUUUAUUUUCAAAAAGUCCAAAUCGGUCCCAUCUUCUAUUACAAUAUCCCCGUCAGGCCACCAGUUCGCGACCUUUUCAUUUCCCGAUCGGCAAGUUAGAGUGUUUGACUUUCCUACAGGGAAAUUAUACAGGUCGUAUGAUGAAUCUAUCACAACGCUGACGGAGAUGCAGCAAGCUGGAACUUCACUAUAUCAACUGGAUGAGGUCGAAUUUGGACGGAGAAUCGCAAUCGAGAAGGGUCUUGAAAACAGCGCUACCGUGUCAAAGGUCAAUGUGAUAUUUGACGAGUCGGGACAUUUUGUGAUGUAUGGUUCUAUUAUGGGGAUAAAAUGCAUUAACACCUUCACCAACCGUAUUGUCAGAGUCUACGGUAAAGAUGAACCAUUUCGCGCCUUAAACCUGGCCGUCUACCAAGGCCAACCGCAGAAAAAGGGGGUCGUUACAGUUUCUAUGGCUGCCAGUGCCAAUCCUUUGCUUCAAGAAGCGGAAGAGCGCGAUCCCAUGGUAAUCAGUACUGGCUUUGCAAAAAUCCGUUUCUAUCUUUUCACGAACGAAACAGAAGUAUCCAAGACUAGUCGUGACGUGCAGAAUGAGAAACCUGUUGGGACGCGUGAAGACACUUCCGCCGUUGCCGCAGUUAAUCCUGCGGAAGCAGGUACGUCUGCAAUUCUUCACACUACCUUAGGCGAUAUUCACCUCAGACUUUUCCCUUCUGCGGCUCCCAAAACCGUAGUUAAUUUUGUCACACAUGCACGCAAUGGUUACUAUAACAACACUACAUUUCAUCGAGUGAUUCGCAAAUUUAUGAUCCAAGCUGGUGACCCGCUCGGUGACGGCACGGGGGGGGAGUCAAUUUGGGGUGGUGAGUUUGAAGAUGAGUUUUCGACCCUUCGCCAUGAUAAACCAUACACGCUAUCGAUGGCAAAUGCAGGUCCAAAUACGAAUGGAAGCCAAUUUUUUAUUACAACUGAGAAAACCCCAUGGCUUGAUGGGAAACAUACAAUAUUUGGGCGGGCGGUCAAGGGGCUUGACGUGGUACAUAAGAUCGAAAAUGUAAAGACAUACAAGGAAAAACCAGAGGAGGAUGUGAAGAUAGUAAGCAUCAGUGUAACAUAG